AUGGCCAUCGUCGCCGCUGCCGCCCAGGUGCAUCCCUCGCCGCCGCCGCCAGCACGGCACACCGUGGCGUGGUUGGUGUGCACUCACCUCGCCUGGAGCACCGUCAUCUGCUUGUUGCUCACAAGCCUGUGGCUUUACUUCUGGGGCAUGGCCACCAAGGAAAUUGGGCGGUUCGCCUGCGGCGAGGGCUGCGCUGUGGUCACCGCGGCGUACAAGGUCGUCUAUGUAGCCGGGGUCACCCUUAUGCUCGUCCUCCCCUUCAGCCUGCUAGGGGCACUGAUGAUGUCCCGCGCGAAGGCGGCGGCCGCGGUGCCGGUGGCGGCGGCGGCGGCCACCGACAUUACAAAGGUCCAGGAGCCUGCUCUUAAGACAUCCUAUGCGGCAAUGCUGAAGACAUCCUAUGCGGCAAUGCGGGGCUUGCUGCGUGACCCUGUCAUUCUUGGGUUGCUUGCCUCAAUAGCGUUCGCCAUGCUCAUGCUCAUUGGUCUUCUGGUGAUUGGGGACUCGCACGUGAUGGGGUCUCGUCAGAAGAGAAUGGGUUCAAUGAUCUAUGUCGUGGGAGCAUUGGGCAUGCACGCGGUGGAUUGCUUCGUUUUAUGCCCCCUUAUGACAGUGAGGGUUUGGAGGUCCUUGAGGAAGGCGCUACAUGCUCUGUGA